AUGGGUCUCGCUGUACUUCUCUUUUCUGUGUGUGUGCUGUAUUCAUGGCAAACAGGGUCCAGUGCUGUGACAACUGUGUUUGUGCAGAAAGGGAAGAAUUUACAUCUGGAUGUUAACAAACCUGUUGUUCUAGUAGAUGGUGAAGAAAUUAAAUGGACAUUCAAUGGCACUAACAAUAUAGUGAGAUUACGUUUUGGUGAAAAUCCUCGACCAAGUCAGUUACCUACUUAUGAAGGAAGGGUUGAGUUUUCUGUACAAAAUCACUCUUUGCUUUUGAAGAAUGUGCAACACAGUGACAGUGGAGAUUACACUGCACUCAUAACUGGAGACAAAAACCAACGUGUAGCUGAAUACAAGGUCAUAAUUAAAGAUCAAGUGUCUCCAGUUCAGCUGUCAGUGAACUCUGUGUCUAACAGCAGAGAGUCCUGUAACCUCACUGUGACCUGCAGAACAAAGGACUCUCUCAUCAGCAGCACUUUUAGAUGUGACAACCAAACCUGCCAUCAGGAGGGAGGAGAGCAGUCAAAGAACACAACCUCUGGUUCUUCUCUCCGUGUCUACCUGUUGAAUGACUCCAUCAUCUGUAACCAUAGCAACCAGGUCAACUGGACCAGAGACAUGAAGGAAAUUCAGCCUCUCUGCUCUCCAACUGUUGUUACUAGUCUGGGCGCAGCACUUGGGACUGGGGCUGCAGUUCUCGUUGGCCUUGGCCUUGUCCUUGGCGGCCUAAUAUACCAACAGAAAAGAACGAAAACAGAGAACUGCGAAAAUACAAUAUAUGACAAUCCUCAGGAUUUCAAUCUCAACCAAAUUCCUAAUCAGACUGCCACAGAAGAUGCUUCAGGUCUUUCUCCAAACACCAUCUAUUCUUUGGCAGGACCAGCUGCACCUGUACGAUCCACUGAGACUGUAAACACCCCCAAUCCAGAGAGCAUUUAUGCUCAAAUCACCAAACCUCAAAGUCCAACCACCAACUAAAAAACACAGACAAUAAUAAUAAAUGAUGAUUCAGUCCAUUCACAGGACCUAAUCGUGGUGCGUCAUGAUGGAUUUUAAGUCCCACUCAGCCCCAGAGUGGUCUUCAAACACAUUGCUUAGAGAACUUUAUUGGCCCUCUUGUAAGACUUUUGCUUCUGAAAAAGCUGCACAGAAAGUUUCCUCAAAGACUAAACACCAUUUCAAUCAGGAGAGACCAGAGAAUUACUUUAUUAUGCACGCAUGCAAAUAAUAUUGAUGAUUACAUAAUGUCAAAAGUCUUUGGCGCUUGGACUCUGCAGGGAGAUUUUGAAUGGAAGGACUACAGACCUGAGCAGCAGCAUGAUAGAUCCCGCCCUUGAGUCCAAACACUGAUGGUGGUGGCAGAUGACUUCUGCUGAGACUGAUCAGGCUGAUGAGGUUGAUGAACUAAUGAAUUUAUGAAUCUGCAGACUGGGUGGAUAUGGGGAGGUGGUAGGUUGAGGAAAACAGCAUCAAGAAAGCACCUGAGCAGAGAAGGAGAAACAUUAAAAAAGACAGCUGCAAUAUGAUAAGCUGACAAAGAAGGUGUGUCAUCAUGCUAUUGGUUAGAUGUGUCCAGGUGAUGUGAACAGCUGAUGUCUUAAUUGAUGCCUCACAGCAAGGAAAUAAUGAGCUGUGAGAGGGAUGAAAAUAACAGAGAGAUGAGAAAUAGAACUGUAGAUGUGAGCAUGCAAAAAAUCUUCCUGACUGAACCUUUGCUAAGCUUCAUAUCUGCAAUGUAAAUAUGUUUGGAUGUUGGGUUCUGCAUGUGUCCUGCACCACAGAAGGCAACAUUAUGAAUAAAAUUAGAGUUGUUUGGUGACUUUGUUCAGGAAUUACUUUACAUUACCACAAAUACAUCAUAGGAAGCUGAGGUUCUGGAAGUGCUGUUGUUGUCAAGAGAAAAUGAAAUUUAGUUUCCUGUCAUCCUGAUAGUUUUGAUAAGUGAUGAUGUCUGUCUCAACCAAUCUAAGGCAGAUGGAGCUAGGUUUCUUCCUAUUAAAGGGGAGGUUUUAAGAAUUACGUUUAUUUCUUACAAAGAUAUUUAAAAACAUGUUGUGCUGCUGUUUAAAGAGACAGUACACAGCAACAGUAGCCCUCUUCUAAGCAGGUGGGUUCUCAGUAUAUUGGAUAGUGAAUGUAAAAUGAAAUUACUGAAUUAUGCUCAUAUGAUUAGUUUAUUUUUUUAUGUAAAUUAUUUAUGUUAAAAUGUUAGCACACCUCCUUACCAGUGUAAUGUUAUACUUUACCUCGCUGCCUUGCACCUCAACCUACAACAAUGGGUAAGCUUUAUAGAGUGAUGUGGUAACAUUUUACUGUAAUUUUCUUUUUUGUUUUGUUUUAAUUUGCACAUGAGCUCAUUAUGUAGAAAGUUUAAAGGACCAGUGUGUAAGAUUUAGGGUGACCUAUUGGUAGAAAUGGAAUAUAAUAUUCACGAGUAUGUUUGCAUUAGGUUUUAAUCCCAUUAAUUAAUAACAACAGAAUGAGCCCUUUUUAUGGUGCCUUGUUGCACCACCAUGUUUCUCGGACUGAUUAAUGGCUCAGGAACACAUAGCUUAUUACAGGGAAAAUAAGAUAUUCAUCAAUCAUACCCCUAUUAUAAAGAAAACCAAAAGAAUGAAUGAAAUUUGCCAUGCUGAACAAAACUCCACCGCCAACUAAAC